AUGGAUCUCAACUAUCUCAUAGCCUUGACCAUAUGGAUCGAUGGGCUGCUACGGGAACGUGGGAAGAAGAGGAGGUCUGCUCCUGGUCACACUCGCUCGGCCAUGGCGCCCACCUCUCCUCCGAGGAAUCCCAGAAGUCCCCGGGAGAAACCAAUGUCACCCGAGUUCCCUCGGGAAUCACAGAGGGCUGUCGACUCGCUUCCUCCUGAGCCCAUGCAACUGGGCAGUGCCAGAUUGGUGUCCAUCCCGGGGUGUCGUCCUCCUCUGGGCUCUCUGGAUCCUCCACGGCCACACCUGCGCAGUACGACGGCACCACCUCCAGUACAAAUCGUUCAGGUCACCGCUUCCAAGUCACCACCUCUAGGUCAACACCUCCAGGUCACCCCCUCCAGGUCACCCCCUCCAGGUCACCACCUCCAGGUCACCACCUCCAGGUCACCACCUCCAGGUCAACCCCUCCAGGUCACCUCCUCCAGGUCACCACCUCCAGGUCAACCCCUCCAGGUCACCACCUCCAGGUCACCACCUCCAGGUCACCACCUCCAGGCUAACCCCUCCAGGUCACCACCUCCAGGUCAACACCUCCAGGUCAACACCUCCAGGUCACCACCUCCAGGUCACCUAUCCAGGUCACCACCUCCAGGUCACCCCCUCCAGGUCACCCCCUCCAGGUCACCCCCUCUAGGUCACCACCUCCAGGUCACCUCCUCCAGGUCACCACCUCCAGGUCACCACCUCCAGGUCACCACCUCCAGGUCACCACCUCCAGGUCACCACCUCCAGGCUAACCCCUCCAGUGGCCGUACUGGGUGA